AUGGCCGACCGCAGCGCGGGAGCUCCGCUGACGUGGCGGUCCUCUGCAGAUUCGGUGCUGCGGCCCAACAUCCGUCUGCUGUGUACGCUGGGCCUGUGGCAGCCGGCGGACUCUGCGCUGUUCCACGCCUACACGGCGGCCGUGCUGGCGGUGGGCGUGGCGCACAUCGCAGUCGCCGCCGUCGGCAUCUGGUACCGGCCCGGGGACCUCGCCGAGGUCACCAUCGGGCUGGCCAAUGUUUUCGUCGUCUUCACCGCCCUCUCCAAGUCGCUGUUGUUCGUAAGCCGCCGGCCGCUCUUCUACGCGCUGGCGCGCCGCGUGGACCUGAUGACCGUAGAACAGCAGGCGUUUUGCACCGGCGACCCUACCCUCCAACAAGUGGUCUCGAUCGCCCGGAAGCGCGCCGGUCGGCUGAGCGUAUUCUUCCACUGGUACGUCUUGGUGGCCGACAUCUUGUGGUCGCUCAUUCCCCUGGUGCAGGCCUCCAAAGAGAAACGCUGGCCCUUCCAGCAGAUGCCGUUGGGCACCUGGUCGAGGUCACCCUUUUACGAACUGUCUUACAUGCUGCAGUGCGCCUCCACCGUCUACUUCUCCCUGAUCAGUGUGGACGUGGACUGCUUCUUCGUGGCCGUCAUGACCCACAUAACAGUCCAGCUGAGAAUCCUAACAUCCCGCUUCGCCACUGUUGGCACCGGAAUGAACGUAACUGUGAGCGAACUGGACUCUCAGGCCUCUAGGCUAAAGGACGUCAUUCACGAGCAACUGCGCGCUUGCGUCGAGACUCAUCAAAAUGUCUUGAGGAGUGUAGAAAAAUUUUCCAGGCGCGAGUACGGCUGA